AUGGACUCUGAGGCCACCGCGACGAGCGCCCAACUGCAGCAGCCAACUGCAAAGAAUCUCGUGGCAGAGGUGCUGAAGGACCCGAGCUUACACGAUCGGUUGAGAGCCAGGCGCACGCGGCUCGGGAUCGGCCUGGAGCAAUGCAUCCAGGCUGCCGUCGCCGUGCCGGAGGGUGAGGCGUGCCUGUUUGCUGGAGAUGAGGACUGCUUUGAGACUUUCAGAGAGCUCUUCGAUGUCGUCAUCGCCCGCUUGCAUGGCCUGUUGCCAGCAGGAGAAGUGGUUUGCUCUUCGCGGCCUUCCAACCGUGGGUCUGGUGGCGAGGCCCCGCGACUGCGGCACCGCCUGGACCCCACGGGGCAGAUCAUCCAGUCCGUAGAGGUCCGGGCCUUUCGCAACGUCUCGGGCUUCCCAUUCCCGGCGGCCUCCACUCGCGAGAGCCGGGCGGAGCUGGAGAUGCAAAUGGCCAAAGCCUUCCGAGGCCUCGCGCCCGCCUUCACAGGCGUCUACCUUCCACUUCGGCAGUCCUCCAGCUACGCACCGCGUCUAGGGGGCAUGGACGAGUUCGAAGAAGCACGGCUGAAGGCAGCCGGGCUUCACUUCGGCCUACCGUCCGAUAGAAGCAGAUUGGCCAGCGGUGCCUUCGGUGAUUGGCCGCACGGCCGUGGGGUUUUUGCUUCCACCUCGAGGGACUUGGCAAUAUGGACCAACCACGAGGAGCACCUGACUGUGCUCUCUGUCGUCGCGGGCGAUGGCCUCAGCAAAGCCUACAGGACCUUGCGGCUGGCUUUGGAGGGCCUCUCCGAGAUCCUUCGGCGCCGGCGGCCUGGUGAGGAGGCCUUCGCGUACUCGGAGCGCCUGGGCUUCUUGACCUCCGACCUCCUCCGACUUGGAGGGACUCUGCAGGCGAACUUGGUGCUGAAGCUGCCACGCCUGGCGGCCACGGAGGUCUCGCACCCCAAGUCUGCCGCUGGUAGCUGGAGGUCCUGGGCAGGGCUGCGGCGCGUGAAGGUGGAGGAGGUCUCUGGCUUAGGGGGGACCUUCCGGAUCUCGAACUUGGACACGUUUGGCGCCACCGAUGCAGAAGUGCUUGCUUCCCUCGAAGAGGUUGCUUUCCGAUUGGUAGUAGCAGAGCAGCAGAUCACAACGCUCACUGUGGAUUCAGACCAGCUUUUUCCCAUCCUCACAUCCGUGCUUUCUGCAGCGGAGGGCCGCGAGAGCCGCACCUCGCUGCUGAGCGAACACGUGAUCUGGUUCUGA